GACCACUGUCACUCACAGCACGCCUCCCUCCACUGAUCUGUUCCAACAGCUGAGGGGUUGCUGUUGGACCAGAGGGAAAACACGACAGACACAGUCUCGAUAUAAGCCAUUUUGGAAGACGACAUUAGGAGAUCUGUAAACGAGGGAGUAUGCUUUUGUGACAGAGCUUGUUUUGUAAAUAUAAAACUCUUGGCGUGAGAAGCACAAUAGCAGUGAUCUGCGUCUGGAUACGCUCCGAGAAUCACCGCGGUUCGAGGGUUUUCUCUGAAGACAAGGAGGAGAGGAGGAUUUUUUUUUACAUUUUGUCCCAACAAAGGUUAAAUCCACAACACGGAACGGCAAUUUGUCACAUAUGGAUAGUGCUUGGCGCCGAUUGCUGAGGCCAAAACAAGGGAGAUUCGACUUGCGGCCGUAGCGGUGCGGUGCGGUGCGGUUCCAGGGAUCCAGCGGAAUAAGCAGCGAUAUUUCAUCACCUCUGUCGGAUUCUAAUAUUUUUUCGUGUUUUUGUAUGUUGUCGAUUAAUUAAGAGAAAAGGGGCUUGUUAUCGGUAAAGCCGGAGAACGUCGAAUACAACCCUAUUCUGCCACAACGAAUUAGAAUCACAGCGGACUUCACACUGUGAAAGACUAUACGAAUCCGUCCGGACACACAGUGAUCGGCUGCUGAACGUGUUCAGGAUAGAAAUCGCAGUCAGCAGCCUCACUAGAAAGACAUAAAAAACGAAAUGUGACCAUUUUUCCUUUUGUCUUCGAAAAGGCGUCACGUUAUCACUACGUUCGUUUGCAUAGGAUUUGGCUAUAGAUAAGAUGGCACACUUUCCUGCACUGAUCUUCCUCCUACCUAUUCUGGCUGUGAGUUUUGCUCAGAAUGAAGAACAAGGAAUACCAUGGGGCUGUGGAUUUGGCCCGACACGGCCCUAUACCCUCCUGUGUGACCUGGAGACUCUCUGGGGUGUGGUGGUGGAGGGACUGGCUACUGGAGGUAGUUUGGCUGCCAUCCUUUUGGCUCUGGUGCUGCUGUGUCGCCUUCGUUCAGUGACUGAAGCUGAGAAGCGAAGCGGUGUGGGCCCCAUUCUCCUGCUGCUCGUAGGCAUUGUAGGCCUGUUUGGCCUGAGUUUUGCCUACCUUAUUGAGCACAACGAGAUCUUGUGUUCAGUAAGACGGGCCUUAUGGGGAGCGCUAUUUGCUUUGUGUUUCUCCUGCAUGUUGGUUCAGGGUGUGAGGCUACGACGGUUAGUACAGGAGCAACGUUGUCCGGGAGGAUGUGCUCUUACUGGUCUGGCUCUCGGGCUGGCAGCAGUACAGGGCAUAGUAGCAGCUGAGUGGUUGCUCCUAACAGUGCUGCGACAAGGGCAACCUGCCUGCCAGUAUGAACCACUGGACUUCACUUUGGCUUGCUCUUAUGUUCUGGCACUUUUGCUUGCUGCACUAAUGGCAGCAAUUCUUGCAUUGUGUGGUAAGGUUCAACCAUGGCGUUGCAAUGCUCUAUGGCUUUUUGUCACCUGCGUGCUGUCAAUUUUCUUGUGGGCUGCAUGGAUGGGCUUCUACCUCUAUGGUAAUGCAGCACUGGGGAAAUCUCCAGACUGGGAUGAGCCUGCACUGGCUGUGGCUUUGGUGGCACAGGGCUGGCUGUUGCUGCUGUUCCAUGCUGCACCAGAAGCUCAUGCUUGUCUACGACCUCCUCCCCAACCCUCUGCUCCGGACUACUUUGACACCUCACAGAACUCUUCACGCAUGAGGGAGACCAGCUUUGAUGAAGACAUCCCACUCUCACACAGGCAGUUUGUGGAGAAUCAGGGAUAUGCAUUUGAUGAAAAUGCUGCAGGGCUGAGAAGUGGCGGUCACCAUAAUGGCAACACAGGGGCCAGACCCAGUGCCCCUUUCCGCAGUAAUGUCUAUCAACCCACUGAGAUGACCAUGAUACUAAAUGGGGGAACGGUCCCAUCUGCACCCCCCACAUAUACAGGAAGACAGCUGUGGUAAAGGUGCACUGAGAAAAGAGAAGAGAAGAUGGACAGAAGUGUGAUGGAGAAAAUAUCCUGGUUUGGAGGACAAAGUCCUAAUAGCACUAAUGAUUUUAUCUAGUGUGCAAUGACCCCCAGCACUGCAGUGUAACUGAAAUGAGUAAGGACUUGUGGCACUUGUGCAUGUGUGAAUGUCUGAUUGUUUUGCCUGUUAAAAUGAGAAGGAGCACUGCAAAGAAUACUUUGAUUGAUGGCAGUAACAGAAGUUUAGAGUAAUUCAUGGGUGAUUUACAAUUUUCAUAAAUUCAUCACCUUCUUAAACAAAUAAUUGCACAUCUACCUUCCUUUACACUUCUAUGACAAAAAUACAUGUAUUUUAAUAUUUUAUUGAAAAUACAUAAAGUACAUGUCCACAUGUAUGUGUGUGUGUGUGUGUGUGUGUGUGUGUUUGCUUUACAAACAUACUUCGUUUCAGGGUCUGUUACCUGCCACUGCUCAUUAAAAACAUUAUUUUUUUUAGCUAGGUUAAUCUUUGGAAAGUUUUAUCAGUUUUAGCAACACCCAUUUACUAAUGGACUCUGCUGGAGUAUACAGUGGCAUGCAAAAGAUUGAGCAAAUCUCUGGUACUGUGAAUAGUAUAGUGGUAGAAAAUAAACGUAAAUAAGCAUUUAUAUUCAGUCAGUUCAUAUUCGGUAGGACCACCUUUAACAGAUACAGAAGUCUUCUUGACUCUAAGAUUUUUGCCCAUUCUUCUUUACAAAAUAGCUCAAGCUCAGCCAGGUUGGAUGGAGAGUUUAUGUGAACAGCAAUUUUCUUGUCUUUCCACAAAAGCUCAGUGGUAUUUAGGUUAGGACUUUGACUGGGCCAACACAUGAAUAUUCUUUGAUCUAAAUAAUUCCACUGUAGCUCUGUGUGUGUAUUUAGGGGCUUUUUCUGCUGGAAGGUGAAUCUUUAAAUACAAUCUUUUUGGUGUGUUCUUCAUCACUUAUGUUUUCUAACAAACCACUGAGGCCUCACAGAACAGGUGUAUUUAUACUGAGAUUACAAAUUACACACAGUUGGACCCUAAUUAAGUAACUUCUGAAGACAGUUGGUCACACUGCAUUUUAUACAGGCGUAUUAGAGUACAGGGGCUGAAUACAAAUGCACACCACACUUUCCAGACUUUUUAAUUUGUAAAACUUUGAAAAGAUAUGUAUUAUUUUCUUUUCACUAUUAUUAUUUUUAUUAAAUUAUUUGCUAUGUUGUGUUACAAAACUACUAAUAAAAUACAUUAAUUAAUGGGAGUAAUAUAACAUUUCAAAGCAGUGUAUAAAAUAUAAAUGCUCUUGGUUAUUUAAACUUAAACCUCAAUUUUCCUCCACCAAUUCUGUUUAAUUAUUUUAGCGAUUAGAGAGUCCCAGACUGUUGGGAAAAUGAAUAAACAGUCAAGUCAGCAGACAUGGGCUUUUUAAAGCACCUGCCAAACUGUCUGAUCAUUAAUAUAAUUAAUGCCCACAAAGAAGGAGAAGACUGUAUCUUCCAAAUGAGAAUUUUUGUCAGGGGUGCCCAAAUGUUUGUACGCCACUGUACCUUUGAAACACUCUACUAGCAUUAGCCUAACUACUCAAUUUGACAGCUGACAACUCAUGUCAGAACAGUUGGACUGGGCAGGGUUGGGUGUUGGGGUGGAAUUGUAAAUCUAGGUCAGAUGCCUGCCAUCACACACAGCACUCUCCAUUCACCCCACCCCCAUUAUUCUCUGGUAUUAUAUGAGUUCAUGUUUUUUUUUUUAAAGCAGAUGUCACUUUAUAUACAUAAAAUGCACAAAGAAUUUACUUGUAGAUUUAUUUAAUUUCUUAUUUGAGAUCUGUGACCAUUUUUUGUGUACAUACAGACUGCAUAAGUGUGACAUUUAUCCCAUUAAGGAAGUGCUGGGUGAAUGGCAUACUGUGAUUCGCUAUAUAUAGAUCUGUAAACGGCCUGGUAUCCCAUAUGUCUGGAUACCAGAUUAAGCUAACUGCAAGAAAGUGUGCAUAAAUAAAAGGACCAGUGAUACAGCUCAUUAUUAAUGAUUAUUAGUCACAGCGCUAAUAUACCCAACCUGUGUAGGAAACAAUUACCGUAUUUUUCGGACUAUAAGGCGCACCGUAUUAUAAGACGCACUAUCAAAGAACGCCUAUUUUCUGCUAUUUUUCCAUACAUAGGGCGCAUCGCAUUAUAAGGCGCGUUAAGUGACACUAGAAAGGGUGCCUAUAUCAAAGUGAACAGGGGUGGCGCCAUGUUUCCCUUCCCCCACCGGGGGUGGUCGCUUGCCGGUGGAGCGUCUCAGUAUAUAUAAAUCUAGCUCUUUCAAAGUCAAACGAGUGCUGGAUAUUAAUCUACACAGAUUCCUCUCCUGAAAACUGUUUAUUUGGGUGAGUAACGUGCUUCAGUUUAUUUACAGUAAGCUUAGAUUUCCAGAUGUCCACUAAGGCUUGCUGCACCAGCGUUAGCAUAGCUAUCCGCUAGCACGCUAGCUAGUCACCUAAACUAGUAAAGUUAACCCAAACUUAAACGACAGCGUUACACUGAGUAAUCCUGCGUGUUCUGGUAAGACAGUGAGAUAUUAGCUAGCGAUUCGUCCCCCGUAGCUUGUUUUAACACGGUAAACAAGCAGAUUACAGGCUGAUAAAACUCACCUCUGAGAGAGUUAGCGCUUAGCAUCUAGCUAAUGCUAGCCAGGCAAAGCAGCACAGACUUACAGGCCGAUAACUCACCUCUGAACGGUGAACGCUUAGCGCUUAGCAUCUAACUCUAAUAAUACUGCUCCAGCAGUAUUAAAAGUGCUAAAUUUAGAAAAUACAGAUCUCUGAACAGUGAAAAAGCUAGCUAGCUAAGCGGUUAGCAUCUAGCAAAUGCUAUUGCUGCUCUGCACGGAGUGUGUGUUUACUGCUCCUUACACCUGACGGGUAAAAUUUAGAUAAUACUGAUCUCUGAACAGUGAAUAAGCUAGCUAAUGCUAUUUGCUGCUCCAGCCUCGGAGCUGCACGGCUCUGGACUCUGUAUAGCACUGAAACUCUGUAUAACGCUGCACGGAGUGUGUGUUUACUGCUCCUUACAACCUGACGAGUAAAAUUUAGAUAAUACUGAUCUCAGUGAAUAAGCUAGCUAGCUUAGCGGUUAGCAUCUAGCUAAUGCUAUUGCUGCUCAGCCUCGGAGCUGCACGGCUCUGGACUCUGUAUAGCACUGAAACUCUCUAUAACGCUGCACGGAGUGUGUGUUUACUGCUCCUUACAACCUGACGAGUAAAAUCCAUACAAAAGGCGCACCGUAUUAUAAGACGCACUGUCAAUUUUUGUGAAAAUUAAAAGUUUUUAAGUGCGCCUUAUAGUCCGAAAAAUACGGUAGCUACGGAAACAUGAUCCAUUGUUUGUGAGAGAAACAGAGAGUAAGUGAGUGCAGGGGCAAAGCAGUGCUUUUUCUUUAUGUGCUCAAAAAACACUUUUAUCUCCCUCCUCCAUAUGAGAUGACGCCCUGUGCCAAGGCUGACCGGUUUUCUACAGGGUCUCUGUGUAAAUUUAGUUUUUUUUGUAAGGUAGUUAAAAUGUACAUAUCAGUGACUUUUUUUUUUGUUGUUGCUAAAAAUAACAGGGAUAGGGAUGCAGCAUUCUCAAUAAAUAUCCUGCUGUGGAAUUGCUGGAUUGCUGUGCAUUAAACCUUUUGUGGUGGAAAUGGAGUUAUUUUUGGUGUUUAAAACGUGUUUAAUAUUUCUAUUUUGAUUAAGAAAUUAAUCUUUUAACAAAAUGUUGCGUUUAAAUACAACAUGCUCAUUCUGUCAAUACUGAUUUGCACUUCAGUGACCACAACUGUCUUAAAAUUGGACUAAUCAAAAUUUAUUUACUGAGAGAAUUUUGAUCAUUAAGUUAUAUAUUACAAAGAUUGCUUAUAAUAUUGCCAAAUGUAAUACAAUAUAAUGACUGCAGUCUCAAAACGCUGGAAGCACUCAGUAAAAGGUAAAACAGGGAAGAAACUUCUCAGUUUCGUGAAUCUUAUUCAACAUGUCAUUUUGUUGUUGAUCAGUACUACUUGUAGCAAUGAAACUCCUUAAGAUGAAGGCACAAUGGACCUGUGCAAUUCAGAAAACAAUCAACUGUGAAAUAUAACUUUUGUUAUUGUGAUACAUGUACAUGUGUGGAAAAGACAUAUAUAUUAUUAACACACAUGCCUUGUAUAAUUUGCACUUGUCAACUACCUGUAUGUGCAUGCUCACCUCAACAUUACAUUUCUUAGAUACUGGUAAAUACUAGUUGUAUAUUGAGUUCUUGUUACAUCAAGCUUAAUGUAUAGUAAGAUGGCACAAAAUGUCCUAAAAAGUCCGAAAACACAAUACCAUUCUAAAAUAUGAAGAUGGUAUCUAAGCCUCUGGAAAUAUGAUCAGUGUAUUUAAACAUCUUUAACCCAUGAUAUCCUGGGACUGAAACAGAAUGUCAGUAGUUCUGUAAUGCGAUUUGCACAUCAUACUGUAUGUGAUGUUUGUAUUCUUUAACCCCACUACGACUGAACCUACUCCUGAAGAUCUCGUGUCCUGAUUUUUUACAUUGUCAAAGUGACCCUCUCUUUAUUUUCUUGCCUUCAGACUGUAUCAUUAGGGACAUUUGACUGGAGUGGCAGUUUUCUAGCUGUGAUACAGCAUGCCUAUGUGUAGAAAUUGUUUCCCCAGUAUAAAAGGUACACUGUUUAUGUGAAAGAAUUCAGAAAAAUAAGUAACUGAAUAAAGUGUUGUAGAUCA